CACGGGACUAUGUAGCACGAGCCCUGCACUCGACACUCGGGUCACGCUUGGACACGCGAUCGUCGCGCGUAACGCACGCUCGUUGUUACGAACGCCUGGUCGCCACCGCGGCCGGUGCGAGUCAUUUUCCUGCGAACCCUGGUGACCCUCGCCAUCGUUUCUCUCGUCCCCGUGAGCGAACAGCGACGAGCCGCGAGGGAGGUCAAGGCGAGUCCGGCGAACUUCUCACGAUCAGUCCAAGGCUCGACGUCAUCGAACAACGCGGCGGUCUUCUCUGCCACUGUCACGGCGGUUUCCCUCGAAUCGUCCGGUUCCCAGGACUCACGCUUGUUCGCGUGGUCGUCGUCGUCGUGGACUCGGUCGUGCGCGGACUUUCUCGCGAACCUGCGGUACGACGCUUGACGUCGAGUGCGACGGUGUGCGCGACGUGGUCGACCAUAAAAUCGAGACUCGGUCUCUCUAGCUGAUCAUGGAUUGGAGAGUGGGUCUGUUCCUCGGCUGUCUGCUCGUAAACGACGCGGUCUCGCUCCGGAUGCUGGAGCUGGUGGUUCCCCAGCACGUGGUCCGGGGUCAGAACAUCAGGUUGGAGUGCAACUUUGACCUGGACGGUGAGGCGUUGUACUCGGUGAAAUGGUACAAAGACGGGAACGAGUUCUAUCGAUACGUGCCGCAGGACAGGCCGCCCGUGCUCGUCUUUCAGCUGCCGGGUGUCACGGCGAACAUUCACAAUUCUACCGAGAGGUCGGUCGUACUCUAUUCCGUCAACCUGAUGAGCACCGGAAGAUACAGAUGCGAGGUGUCAGCCGAGGCGCCGUCCUUCCAAACGGUCUCCGAUCACUCGGACAUGCUGGUAGUGGCUCUACCGGAAGACGGGCCCGUUAUCACCGGCAGACCGGGGAGGCCUCGUUAUCAGGUCGGUGACGUGGUGCGGUUCAAUUGCACUUCGGCCAAGUCGAAGCCAGCUGCCAUGCUCAGCUGGUUCAUCAACGGGGAGCCCGUCGACACGCAAUACUUGAGGGGGCCUCACAUCGUAGAAGUGGAUCGCGAGGGUCUGGAGACGGCGGUGCUGGGUCUGGAGUUUCGUCUGCGUACGAAGCACUUCAAGAGGGGUGACUUGAAGAUCAAAUGCCUGGCGACGAUAGCGACCGUAUAUUGGAAAUCGAACGAGCUCAGCAUAGAGGGUGAAAGGCCCCUCAAGAUGCCGGUCAUGGAGAGCAGGGAGACAAGGGCGCAAGGCCACACGCACGCGGAACAUAUCUUAGGUGGAAGCGGAAGCAUCGCGCUGGUACCCUGCUGCGCCUUGCUGGUAACGACGAGUCUGUUGAUUCUGCGAUAAGGAGACCAAGUGGGACCGCCGACGCCGCCGCCGCCGCCGCUUUUCGAGCUCAUCCUUUUUCCGGCCUCUGCAUCGUGCGGCGCGCAACGCGCGGGAGCACCCCGUGCACUCAAUUAUCCGUGUUGUUUCUAUUUUUUAUAAUCGCAGUCAUCGGAAUCGGUCGGACGACCGGUACCGUAUUCUUAACGACCGACGUUCGUCGGCACGUUAGAACGUUAGGGGAUGAACGUGUAAAUUCGUACUUAGGGAAGCAAUUCCUAAAUCUUUACGUACCUUCGACCGACCUUUGUACACUUUAUACUUUCAACGUUCCCUCCCACCCGUGUUCGCGUCGUCGAGUAUGUUACAUAGCACGUGUGCGUGUUCCAAGAAAUUUCCAAUUGUCGUUUCUUCAUUGUCGUUUUCUAAAGAAGGUGCGCAACGAUUUACAAGACCGUGUGAAAGGUAAUUCGAAAGAUUUUUAUCCCGAAUUUGAGUGAGUAGCUUCCAUCGGAAGUGUCCGUCAUCUUCGGACUCUCCACUAAUUUUCACCUUUCGUACUUUUCCUUUCCCCCUUGUCCUCGUCCGUUUUACCGCUAGGAAAGGGCUCUCCUUUCGAUUCCCAGCGAGAGGACGGCCGAAUAACAUUUAUAUUCUAAUCGAAUCCGCGUUGCGUGCGUGUUCUGCAUGUGUCUGCGUGCGUGUGUGUGUGUGUGUGUGUGUGUGUUUCUAUCGUUCGGUCAAAGAGAACCGAGAACAAUGAACGUUUCUCUUUCGUCGUAGCUUUUAUCGAUCUAGUCGCUAUUAAUCAAUCGCAGAGGUACAUAAUAAUACGUUAUCCUAGAAAUUACGAGUCCGCGUUCGCGCGCGGCGGGUGUGUUUUACCAAAGAACGUUUCGAAGCGUCUCGCACGCGUUAACAUAGACGGACAAGCAACAUUCCUGUCGUCGGAUCGUAUUACGAGCGUAAGAGCGAACAACGGGCGCCGCGUAGUCCUAAGGUAUUUUCCAAGGAAGAUCAUUCUGUAUAUAUGUACAUAAAUUUAUUGAAUCUGA